AUACCAUUUGAGAUACAAAUACUAUCGCAAAAGCGUCUUCCUCCCAAACCCCUCCCUCUCUAUCUCAGCGCCAGAAAACCUAUCGCCGGUUCGCGACCAAACUUGCCGGUUCGAGUCCAAAAUCGCCGGUCACCGGCCGGUCUAUGUUCCGUCACAACCAUCUCCGGCUAACCCGGCCCAUUUGGGAAGUUCGACCGCGUUUUGCCCGUAUCAUCCGGUUAACCAAUUAAAGAAAACCCACAAGGCCCGUAUCCCCCCCCACCUUCGGGUACCCUUAGCCGGUCCAUCCGGUUAACCGUCGAUUGUUUCACGUUCCACAUAAAAGCGAUCAAAGAACCCGGUCUCUCCCUCUCUCUCUAAAAGCGUUCAAAGAACAUCAAAGGACAAAAAUCUGUUAAAAGGUAGAAAAAUGGCUUCUGGGUUAGAACCAGUACCACUUACUUCGCAAAAGCACGACCCGGCAUGGAAACAUUGCCAAAUGUUUAAAAAUGGGGAUAGGGUUCAGCUCAAGUGUUUGUAUUGUGGCAAAAUCUUCAAGGGUGGUGGGAUUCAUAGGAUUAAAGAACAUCUGGCCGGACAGAAGGGUAAUGCCUCUACUUGCCUCAGAGUGCAGCCCGAUGUUCGCCUCCUUAUGCAAGAGAGCUUAAAUUGUGCUGUGGCGAAGAAGAGGAAGAAACAAAAAAUCGCAGACGAGAUAACGAGUUUUAAUGAUCCGUCGGGGAGUGAGAUAGACCCUUUUGGCAAUAAGUGUGGUUUGAACACCGAAGUCGAGUUGAUUGCAGUUCCUGAAGCGGUUGAACUUGAUUCUACUUUGUUAAUAAAUCAGGAAGGAGAGAGUACAAGCAACAAAGGAGCAGGUAGAAAGAAGAAAGGGAGAGUUAGAAAAGCCUCGCGUUCUUCAAUUCCUAACGCUCUUGUAGUUAAUGAUAAUACUCUAGUCGGUUCAAAAAGGACUAACAAUCACGCUAGUAUGGCAAUAAGCCGGUUUUUUUAUGAUGUUGGCAUACCUUUAGAUGCUGUGAAAUCGAUGUAUUUCCAAGCAAUGGUUGAUGCCAUUGCUUCACAAGGAGACGCAGGUGUUGUGGCUCCCACUUAUCAUGAUCUUCGUAGUUCUAUGUUGAAAAAUGCACUUCAAGAAGUAAGAAAUGACAUUGACCAAUGCAUGGGGACGUGGGGAAAGAGUGGCUGUUCUGUUUUGGUCGACGAAUGGGUCUUGGAGAAAGGUAGAACAUUGGUGAACUUUUUGGUUUUUUGUCCUGAAGGAAUGACGUUCUUGAGGUCUGUGGAUAUAUCUGACAUCCUGGAUUCCCCUGAUUCUCUGUAUGAGUUACUUAAGGGAGUGGUGGAAGAAGUUGGGAUAAGAAAUGUUUUGCAAGUGGUUACUAAUAUUGAAGAGAGAUAUGUCAUUGCUGCAAAGAGGUUGACCGAUGAUUUUCCUACUGUUUUUUGGACUCCUUGUGCUGCUCAUUGCAUCGAUUUGAUUCUUGAAGAUUUUAAAAAGCUUGAGUGGAUAAAUGUGAUUAUAGAGCAAGCUAAAUCUAUUUCGAGAUUUAUUUACAACCACAGUGUUGUUUUGAAUAUGAUGAGAAGCUAUACUUUUGGUGUUGAUUUAGUCGAUAUUGGAGCUACUCGCGCCGCAACAGACUUUACUACAAUAAAACGAAUGGUUAACAUCAAACACAAUUUGCAAUCCAUGGUUACUUCAGAGGAGUGGAUGGAAUGCUCUUAUUCAAAAAAGUCAGAGGGAUUUGCAAUGUUAGAUCACAUUAGUAGUCAGUCAUUUUGGUCCUCCUGCAUCUUAAUAUUCCGUUUAACAGAUCCACUCCUGCGACUUUUGAGGUUAGUUGGCAGUGAGAAGAAGCCUGCGAUGGGGUAUGUUUAUGCGGGGAUUUAUAGAGCAAAAGAAUUAAUCAAGAAAGAUCAGAAAGAUUACUUGGUUUACUGGAAUAUUAUAGAUCACCGAUGGGGAAAACUACAGCACCAUCCUCUUCUUGCUGCAGGUUUCUACCUCAAUCCCAAGUUCUUUUAUAGCAUUGAAGGAGAUAUACAUCAUCAAAUUAGGUCAUCAGUGUAUGAUUGCAUAGAAAAGUUGGUUUCCGACCCAAAAAUCCAGGACAAAAUAGUGAAAGAGACAACUUCUUACCACAAUGCUGUCGGGGAUUUUGGCAGGAAGAUAGCAAUUCGAGCCAGAGACGCUUUACCCCCUGAUGAGUGGUGGUCGACAUAUGGAGGGGGGUGCCCGAAUUUGGCUCGUUUGGCCAUCCGUAUUCUCAGUCAAACUUGCAGUUUGAUCAGCUGCAAGACAGACCGGACAACUAUUCAAAAAAUGCAUGAUACGAAAAACUGUCUUGAGCAUCAGAGGCUUAGUGACCUUGUUUUUGUUCACUACAACUCGCGAUUAAGGCAAAUGGUUCGGAAGGACAGAGAACAGGAUGCAGUGGACCCCAUUUCGUUUGAGAACAUGGGUAUUGUCGGAGAUUGGGUAAUGGUGAAGGAAGGAUGUUCAGAAGACUUUGGGAGCUCAAAUUGGAUGACUGUGGACCCACCUGUGGGGAACACAAUGCUUCUAAGACCAUCAACCGAUGAUGUAGAAGACUUAGGUGCAGGGUUCAAUGAUUUUGAAAUCUUUGAAGGAGUGAAAAACGGAGAAGAGGAAAAUGGUGAAGACAAUGUAGUAAGCCAGUAGACACGGCAGAAAAUGCUUGUUUUGGUUUUGGUCUUUUCUUCUUUUGGAGGCAGUGGAAAGUUUACUCUGGGGAAUCUACUUCGAUGGUAGUUUAUGCUUUGUGUUGUAAUUAGGCAGGAGAAAAACAUAUAGACCCAUUGUGUAUGUUUGGAGUUUGGGAUUACACGUAUUGUUAAUGCUAAACCAGUUAUGUAUUUAGUUUGGUUUUUUUGGAUGGCGUGUAUUUUUGUUUUUUGAAAACAGGAGGUUGGGGACUACAAUGAUCUAAGAGUACGAAGUUGGAAUCCUUGUAAGGCUUAAAACCAGGCGUGAUGAACUCUGCAUCGAUUCCAGGAACAAAGACUUCUUUCCGCAAGUUAAAACUUGAAGCUUGAUAUAGG